AUGGCUCGAGACGUCGCCGCUUGCACUGCAGACCCGUCCAGGACGUCCACCACCGACAUGGACGGCAGCUUCUUCUCGUUCCCGUACGAUCCCUACUCCAUCCAGCUGGACCUGAUGCGGCAGAUAUGGGCCACACUCGAGCAACGCCAUUGCGGGAUCUUCGAGAGUCCGACGGGCACUGGGAAGUCCAUUAGUCUCAUCUGCGGCGCGCUCACGUGGCUCACAAGGCACACGGACGAGUUUGGAUUGCCACUAACAAAUGGGACUUCAGCUACUGCUACUUCAGGUGAUGCUGUACCCAGUGUACCAGCUUCAAAAAGCGCGGACCCAAGUUGGCUGGACGCCUUUACGCAACAGGCAGCGGAUCGGGUGGCUACCAAUCGCCGAGACACGGCCAAAGCAGCUCUGGCUGAGGUUGAGAAGGUUCGAUUGGAACCGGAAGUGUCGAGGAAGAAGCGCAAGAUGCGGAUUGCGUACGAUUACAAUGAGCCGAAACGGGGACAUCGGAAGAGCAGCAGUCGAGAGACAAAGCAGGAGGACGACGAGCAUUUGGUGGACCCUUAUGACAGCGAUCGAGGAACUCGAUGCGUGCAGAACAGUGAGGAUGGUGACGAGCGUGGAGAGAUGACGUCGAACGAGUUCAAGCAGCCGUUUCGUAGUGAGGAGAAAGUGGAGUUGGGAGUGGUCAAGAUCAUUUACUGCAGUCGAACGCACUCGCAGAUCUCGCAGUUUGUUCGCGAGAUACGGAAGACUGUGUUCGCCAAGCAUAUUCGAGUCGUGUCGUUAGGUUCGCGCAAGAACUUGUGCACGAACCCGAAAGUUGCAACGAUAGCGUCCGAUGUAAGGAUGACGGACAAGUGCUUGGACAUGAUGCAGAGCAAGAAGAGCAAGAACGGCAGCGAGAUUGGCAAGUGCCCGUUCUACGAAAAAGAGUUGCUCGGCCGCUACAAGAACUAUGCACUGGCACAUGUGCAAGACAUCGAAGACCUUCACACGUUGGGCGAAGACAUGUCAAUAUGUUCGUACUAUGGCACGCGCGAAAGCGUCCCCCUUGCUCAAAUUGUCACGGCGCCAUAUUCUAUGUUACUCAGUAAAGACACGCGGGAGACUUUGGGUAUUGAACUGGGCAACAAUAUUGUGAUCUUUGACGAGGGGCACAAUAUCGUCGAUGCAAUUAACAACACGUAUAAGGUGGAGAUCACUAGCAAGCAGCUGGUGGUAGCACGAAGAAGUUUGUGGUCGUAUUUCACGAAGUAUGAAAAGCGCUUCAAGGGCAAGAACACGUUCUAUAUUAAACAACUGCUGACAAUCUUGGAGUCUGUGACCGCAUUUCUUCGCCAGCUGAGCAAGUCUGCUCGAAAGACCGUGUCAGGUGGUGACACAGAUGAAGGUGUUACUGGUGCACAGAUGAUGACAAUCAACGAUUUCCUGUUUAGUGCGCGGAUCGACCACUUCAACAUGUUUAAGAUUUUAGAGUAUCUGAGUGAAAGUGGGUUGGCCAAGAAGCUUAUGGGCUUUGUCGACUCCACGAAAGUGGAUGCCCAAGCUACAAUCACGUCGUCAGAAGCGUCUACUGGUGAUCCUGAUGAAGGCUUUGAGAGUCGUCACACAUCACCGCUCCGAACGGUCGAAGCUCUGUUGAAAGCCUUGACCAAUGCAGGGGAAGACGGCCGGAUCCUUGCACAGCCGCAUAAUGUGCACAAAGGUGUAGAAGGCCUGAUCAAGUUUAUUCUGCUGAAUCCUGUCGUCCACUUUCAAGAAAUAGUGAGGAAGGCACGGAGCGUCAUUCUUGCUGGAGGGACGAUGCAGCCGGUGUCGCAAGUGAUUGAUCAGCUUUUUACGUCAAUACCAAGAGAAAAUGUCGACUUGUUUUCAUGUGGACACGUUAUUCCUCCUGAGAAUUUACUUGGCUUCAGCCUCGAGUCGGGCCCUACCCAAAAGCACCUCGAGUUUACGUUCUCUCGACGCGGCGAUUUGGAAGCAUUGGACGAGCUCGGGCGCAUUCUGCUUAACCUUGCGCGCAUUGUGCCAGGUGGGAUUGUAGUCUUUUUCCCUUCGUACCGUUUCGAGGAAAGCGCAGUUUGUCGAUGGCAGGCUACAAAGCAGUACGAGCAAAUUCAAGCGAAGAAGGACGUAUUCAGCGAGCCAAAAAAGUCAGCGGAACUUGCUGAGGUACUCACGCAAUAUUCAGCAGCGUGCGUGCAAGGCAACCGCGACAGAAGUGGUGCCAUGCUGCUGAGUGUCGUUGGGGGUAAAAUGUCCGAGGGAAUCAAUUUCAGUGACGAGUUAGCACGGUGCGUUGUGAUGGUGGGCAUGCCUUACCCAAACGCUCGGGAUCCAGAGAUAGUCGAAAAAAUGGGGUUCCUGGAGAAGAGGAGCUCGGGAGCUGGGCGACAAUUCUACGAGAGUCUCUGCAUGAAGGCAAUCAACCAAUCCAUUGGAAGGUCUAUCCGUCAUCGAAAUGACUUUUCUUCCAUUCUGCUGGUCGACAGUCGCUACUCAAGUCAGGCGGUGCGCAAUCGCUUGCCUGAGUGGAUCCAAAAGCGCAUUCGACCCCCGGUGCCAUUCGGACAGGUAUACUCACAGCUCGUGCAAUUCUAUCGAGCAAAAGAAACAAAAGCGCGGCAACCGUGCAGACAGUACGUUCAAUAG